AUGGAUCUGCCUUAUAUUCCUGAAGACCUAUCCAGCUGCCCCCAAUUUGGAAAUAAAUCCUGUCCUCCCACCAAUCGCUCUUUCCACGUCCGAGUGAUCAUGUACUUGCUGAUGUCCGGAGCCAUGGUUAUCACCAUCUUUGGAAACCUGGUUAUCAUGAUUUCCAUUUCACACUUCAAACAACUCCACUCUCCCACCAACUUCCUGAUUCUGUCCAUGGCGACCACGGACUUCCUGCUGGGUUUUGUCAUUAUGCCCUACAGCAUGGUGCGAUCUGUGGAGAGCUGCUGGUACUUUGGGGAUGGCUUUUGUAAAUUCCAUGCAAGCUUUGACAUGAUGCUAAGCCUCACUUCCAUUUUCCACCUGUGCUCCAUUGCGGUCGAUCGUUUUUAUGCUGUGUGUUACCCCUUACACUACACCACCACCAUGACGGCCUCCACCAUCAAGCGGCUGCUGGUGUUCUGCUGGUCUGCCCCAGCUCUGUUUUCUUUUGGUUUGGUUCUGUCGGAGGCCAACGUGUCUGGGAUGCGGGGCUAUGAGAUUCUUGUGGCUUGCUUCCAUUUCUGUGCGCUCACUUUCAACAAAUUUUGGGGAACCAUCUUGUUCACCACCUGUUUCUUUACUCCUGGCUCAAUCAUGGUUGGCAUUUAUGGCAGAAUUUUUAUUGUUUCCAAACGCCAUGCACGAGCCAUCAGUAAUAUACCUGAAAACGUGCAAGGGGGAGCGAGAAAAAGCUUAUCUAAGAAAAAAGACAGAAAGGCAGCGAAGACCCUGGGCAUAGUCAUGGGGGUGUUUCUAGCUUGCUGGUUGCCUUGUUUUCUUGCAGUUUUGAUUGACCCAUAUUUAGAUUACUCCACUCCUAUAAUAGUACUUGAUCUUUUGGUAUGGCUCGGGUACUUCAAUUCUACGUGCAACCCCCUCAUCCAUGGCUUUUUUUAUCCAUGGUUUCGAAAGGCUCUAAAAUACAUAGUGUCAGGAAAAAUAUUUAGCUCCCAUUCAGAAACUUCAAAUCUGUUUCCUGAAACACAUUAA